CUUUCUUAUGUUUCACAAACCCUUUAGUUUUCCAACCUUCUUUUGAUUAUUAUUUUUAUAUAAAAUAAUACGUUCUUCAAAUUAAAUUUCAAUCAUGUGUUAGAAUUUAAAAUAUACCAUAUGUAAACCAUACAUUACAUACACUACAAAACCCUUUUAUCAAAUCUAUCAACAAACUAUAGCCCUUAGUAUAAACCCUAAAAAAUUGUCCUAAAAAUGACAAUUCCUUCCAUUCCUCAAAACCCUAAACAUGACUUUAUUUUCCAUCCUCAAAUGUUCCCACAUCAAUCCCACAUCCCUCCACAAUUCAUAUGGCCCGACGAAGAAAAGCCCGGCCCUCACCCGGCCGAGUUUUGCCCAACCAUGGUUGAUCUCGGGGGGUUCUUGGCCGGCAACCCUAUGGCCUCCAAGAAAGCCUCGGAAGCCAUUGGCCGAGCUUGCCAAGAACAUGGAUUCUUUGUGGUGGCUAAUCACGGUGUAGAUUGUGGUCUGGUGGCUGAGGCUCAACGAUUGAUUGAUAUUUUUUUUGAACGACCGUUGGAAGAGAAGCAAAGGGCUCAAAGGAAACUUGGCGAGCAUUGUGGCUAUGCUAGUAGUUUUGUCGGAAGAUUCUCUACCAAGUUGCCGUGGAAGGAAACAUUGUCAUUCGAAUACUCGGCCGAGGAGGGAGAUUCUCACAUUGUUGAAAACUACUUUUGCAAGAAUUUGGGCCAAGAUUUUGAACGUCUAGGGAAAGUGUACCAAGAGUAUUGCAAUGCAAUGAGCUCACUAUCAAUGGCGAUUUUGGAGCUCUUGGCAAUGGGUUUGGGUGUCGACAGAACUUAUUACAUGGAGUUCUUCAAAGAGCAUAAAUCGAUCGUGAGAUUGAACUAUUACCCGUCAUGUCAAGAACCACAACAAACUUUAGGGACGGGGCCUCAUUGCGAUCCAACAUCCUUAACCAUCCUCCACCAAGACAACAUCGGUGGCCUCCAAGUUUUUGUCAACAACGAAUGGCGCUUUAUUCGCCCCAACCACAAUACUUUUGUUGUCAACAUAGGUGACACUUUCAUGGCGCUUUCAAAUGGGAAGUACAAGAGUUGUUUGCACCGCGCCGUGGUGAACAAAGAUUGUCCGAGGAAAACCCUAGCCUUCUUCCUUUGUCCUAAGGAGGACAAGACAGUUAAGCCGCCGCCUGAGCUGGUGGAUUCCGGCAACCCGCGACUGUAUCCUGAUUUCACAUGGCCAUCCCUUCUUGAGUUCACUCAGAAACACUAUAGAGCUGAUAUGAACACUCUCCACACUUUCUCCCAAUGGUUGUUGCACCGGACAACCUAAGGUCAAAUCAAAAUCGAACCUAUAUAUAUAUAUAUAUAUAUGAGCGAUUUAAUGUUGUCUUUAUCGAUAAUUAUAUAUAUGCGUGUGUUGUAAUAUUUAGUUUGUGUAAAUUUUAUCUUGAUUUGCUUAUGUAUAUAGUAAUUAAUUAGUGAGUUGUUUGUUUUUUGUUAUUUUGGUUUUGUGUUUUGAUAAAUGAUAAUGUUAAUUUGAGUU